AUGAUGAGUUUAUAGAGGAGUUCAUGAAUGUGUUUGGCAGGCCGUGUGCAAUGGUGGUUCCUGACAUGGAGCUGAUUUGUGAGAUCAUGUUGAUGUCUGAGGGAUUUUUGAGCGCUCGGGUUCUGGGCAACAAGUUCAUCACCCUCUACAGGCUCUGCAAGGAGCUGCUCUCUAAACAGGAUCAUUACGACUGGGGUCUGCGAGCUGUCAAACCUGUCCUGGUGGUUGCUGGAGCUCUUAAAAGAGCAGAUCGGACUAAGCCAGAAGAUCGAGUGUUGAUGCAGGCUUUGAGAGAUUUCAAUAUGCCAAAGAUCGUUUCGGAAGACGUUCCCGUGUUCCUGGGUCUGAUUAGAGAUUUGUUCCCUGGAUUGGAGGUGGAGAGGCGGACUGAUGCAGAGUUUGAGCAGAUAGUCCGUCAGACGAGUCUAGAGUUAAAGCUUCAACCCGAGGACACGUUCGUUCUGAAAGUUGUUCAGCUUGAUGAGCUCCUAUCUGUUCAUCACUCGGUGUUUGUGGUUGGUGAUGCUGGGACUGGAAAGAGCCAG